AAAAAAGUUUAACAAAUAAAUCAAAUGCAAAAGCUGUAUGUAAAUGUUGUAUUGAUCAAGUUGGUGAGUUAGCAAUUGCACAAGUUAUACAAGUAUGUUUUAUAACCAAUAAAGCAAAAUUAUGUCGUGCUCAUCUUGCAAACUGUGAAGCUUUUAAAACCAAAUAUAUGAAUGAAGAAGUAACAGAAAUUCUUUCACAAUCAGUUCCAGAAGAUUUUCAUAAAAAUGAUGAAUCUUUAUCUGAAGAUGAAGAAGAAACAAUUAGUAAAUCUUCAAGUUCAACCAAGCGCCAAAAAAAUUCCAUCUCUAUUAAAACUAAGUUAUCUACAAAAUAUCAACAAUCAAUUACAAGCUAUUAUAAUGGUCGCCCUAUAUCACAUAAAGAUAAAGCACAAUUUGAACAUUUAUUACUUCGAAUGAUUAUAUCCAAUGGACUUUCUUUUGCAUAUAUUGAAAAUGAGGAUACUCGAGCAGUUUUUGAAUUUGUAUGCCCUGGAAUUACAUUACCAUCACGAAAAACUAUAGGAGAACAAGUGUUAUUAAAUAUUACAACAAUAUUGCAUAAUAAUAUUAUUAAAUUAGCACAAAAAGAUUCAGAUGGUGUAAUAGCAACAUUUGAUAGUUGGACAAAUGUUAAGCAAGAAAAUAUAUGGGGAGUUGUAUUAGUAACAUCAGAAGGAUGA